GCCGCCCCGGCCUGGCGGCGCCUCCUUGGUCAUGGCGGCCGAGCAGAUUUCAGCAGCUUCCCUCAUUGACAAGACCAUGAAGAUGAGGAGGGAGGCUGAAGAGCGGAAGGUGGUCUGGGCCUGGGGGCUCCUUAACAUCUCCGUUGCGGGGAUGAUCUAUACAGACAUGACUGGAAAACUUCUAAGUUCGUACUACAACAUCUCCUGCUGGCUACUCUGGUAUAUUGAGCUCGCACUUGCAUCCCUGUUCACUUUGAAUGCCUUGUUUGAUUUUUGGUUGUAUUUCAAAUACACAAUGGCACCGACUACCCUAGUCAUGACUCGCAGGCAGCAGAUCCUCCUAGGCAUGCAGAAUGCAGCAGUACAAAUAGCUCCAGCACACGAGCUAUCAGCAAAAAAGGUCCCUUCUUCCACUCCUUCCCCUGCCAUGCAGGGUCAAAACGUGCUGAGUUACAGCCCGACGCGUCCCCUCCGGGCCAGCCCCAAGUUUGCCUCGGGCUGUGUCGCAGGCUACAGCCCUCAGCUGCAGGCGCUGUCGAGCAGCAAUGCUUCUUACAGCAGUGCUUUGAGCUACUCGCCCAGCAGCAGCUACAGCAAGUUUUCCAGCUUCAGCUCUUCUCCAUCGGGUUCCCCAUAUCCAGCAAGUGUUGGACCAGUGGAAAGCGGCCUGAGGUCCCGCUACCGCUCCACGCCAAUCCGGUAUAAUUCCCGCAUGAGUCCCGACGAUGAAAUUACAGACCUCAAGUCACUACAGAAAUACCUUCGAAGCGAAGAAGAGAAACAGCAAAGACUUCAGAUGGCGAAUUCUGAUUCCAGCUCUCCAUCCAACAGCCCGACCUUCUGGAACUACAGCCGUUCCCUUGUGGAGCAAGCGCAGGUGCUGAGGAAGUUCCAGUAUCAGCUGGCUUGCAGGCCCCUCGCUCCAUCCACCCACAAGGAUGAGGCUCAUCUGAGCUCUCCACAGGCUGCAGAGGAGGUUUGGGCAAGAGUGAUUGUGAAUCGGCGCCAGCUUGAUCACAUGGAUACCUGGACUGCCCGGUUCAGAAGUUGGAUUAACGACACAAUUUUAGUACCACUUGUGCAAGAGAUCGAGUCUGUGAGCACCCAGCUGCGAAGAAUGGGGUACCCAGAAAUGCAGAUUGGAGCCAGCAUCAGCAGCCUGAAACAGGCAGCGCUUGUUAAAGCUGCAGCCAUUCCCACCCUGAACACUAUCGUGCAGUAUUUGGAUUUCACACCAAACCAGGAGUACUUGGUGGAACGGAUCAAAGAGCUCUCAGAGGGAGGGUGCAUGAGCUCCUUCCGAUGGAACAGAGGAGGAGAUUUCAAAGGCCGUAAAUGGGAUGCUGACUUGCCCACCGACUGCGCUAUCCUUAUGCACAUCUUCUGCACCUACCUUGACUCCAGACUGCCACCUAGCCCCAAGUAUCCCAACGGCAAAACCUUCACUUCCCAGUACUUCAUCCGGACGACAGAUAAACCAGACAUGACAAAUGAAAACCUCUUUUGCAUCUACCAGAGCAACAUCAACCCACCCCACUAUGAGCUCAUCUAUCAUGGCCACGUCUACAACCUGCCCCAGGGCAGAAACAACAUGUUCCACACCCUGCUCAUGUUCCUGUACAUUAUAAAGACCAAAGAAUCGGGCAUGCUCGGGCGCGUCAACCUCGGCGUCUCCGGCGUCAACGUGCUGUGGAUUUUUGGCGAGUGACGACGACUCCACAGAGGGAGGAUCCCCCUGCUCGGACCAGGCGCCCUGAACAGCAGCGUUACCCCCGUUACCUUGAACAUAGACUGUGAAACAGGAUAAUUUAAUCUCUGCUUUAUGGACAGAGGAGAAAUGUUUGUAAAUUCCUGUACAGUCUUUUUUUUUAGGUAAAUACCGUUUAAAAUGUUCCACUGUUUUUUCCACUGUUCUUUUUUUUCCACUGUUCCACUUUUUCACUGUUAAAACACAUUGAAAUAGGAAUCUAGGCAUGUUUUUCUCUCUGGUUUCUCACCUUAAUGCACCCCAGUUUUGCUCCCCCUGCCUCCAGCUCUCUGGGGGCACCUGCAGAUCCCCCAACACAAGGUCCAGGGAGUUACUGCCUUGGUGCCUGGUUCGACCUCUCUGGAAGUUUACCCCAAAUUGGGUUAAUUUAAUGACUCAUUGGAAGAACUGGAUUUUGUGGCCUCACUGGGUGUUUCAGGUGUCUCCACUGUAACUAUACA